AUGGGCCAUCGCCGCUUCUUGACUCAGAGCCAUAAAUAUAGACUAGACCGUAGUCAAUUUGAUGGACAAGCUGAAAGCAGGGAUCCACCGAAGAAGUAUUAUAGAACAGAUGUCUUAAGUCAGCAGUGUAACAUGCAAGUAUCGUUUGGGAAGACCUCAACUCUGACAGCCAAAAGAAGACGCAUUGGUGAAGAUGUAGAUCAAGAUGACUCGUAUUGGAAAAAGAGGAGUGUGUUCUUUGAUCUCUCGUACUGGAAGGAUCAUAUAUUGCGUCAUAACCUUGACGUGAUGCACAUAGAGAAAAAUAUUUGUGACAAUGUGGUCUUCACUAUCUUAAAUGAUAGUGUCAAAUCAAAAGAUAAUCUUAAAGCUCGCAAAGAUUUACAAAGCAUGGGCAUAAGGCCUGAAUUGUGGCCGGACGAAGGUGGUAAAUAUUCUUCAGCAAUCUUCACAAUAUCGAAUCCACAGAAGGAUGUAUUCCUGAAGACUCUACAGAACGUGGUCUUUUCAGAUGGUAACUCAAGCAAUAUUGCUCGUUGUGUUGACAUCCGGCAGCGCAAGUUGUAUGGGUUGAAGAGUCACGACUGCCACAUUCUAAUUGAACAAUUAUUUCCAAUUUUGGUGAAGAAUGCAUUGCCGAGUCCGGUAUCGACUGUGAUUGCGAAUCUGUCCUCAUUUUUCCGAGAACUCUGUGGAAAGGCUGUAAAUCCUAUGCAGCUUGGUGCCCUUCAGAAUCAUGUUGUGCAAACUUUGUGUCAGAUGGAAAUGAUUUUUCCUCCAUCCUUCUUCACUGUCAUGGUUCACCUUACGAUGCAUCUCGUUGAUGAACUGAAACUUGGUGGCCCGGUACUUUAUCGGUGGAUGUAUCCAAUAGAAAGGUACUUAGGACGAUUGAAGCAAUAUGUGCGUAACAGGGCACAAGCAGAAGGCUCAAUUGCGGAGGGCUAUUUAUCCGAGGAGAUUUUGAUAUUCUGCUCCAGAUAUUUGAAUAAUAUUGAGACUAGAAUCAACCGACCAGCGCGAGUUGACGAUCAACCUGUUGAUAUUACAAUCAAUACAGGAAGUACUAUGUUUCCAGAAAUGGGAAAAGCUUUAGGGGCUGUUUCACAUUUUGCAAGACGUUUUGGGGCGUACAACGUCAAUGGGUACAAGUUUAGAACUAUCACAAAGGAAGACGGGCUGAAAACACAAAAUAGUGGAGUUUAUGUCUCAUCCAAUAUAAGAAGUUAUGCCAGCAUGCAUGACAAUAGAGUGGCUAUUGGUAGUGUUCCAUAUUAUGGAAAAAUUGUGGACAUAAUCGAACUGAACUACAGCUACCAUUUCACAGUGGUUUUGUUCAGAUGUAUUUGGGCUGAUACAACUACGGGCAGAGGAAUCAAACAAGACCAUCUGGGCCUUACCAACGUUAAUUUCACUCGUCCAAUUCACAUCGGUGAUCGAGAAGAGGAUGAACCUUACAUAUUGGCAUCAGAAGCUCAUCUCGUGUACUAUUGA